CUUUCAUGCUUGAAUAAUUAUUAACUGGAGCGUGCAGUACAGCCGCAAAACGGACAAGAUGGGGAAUUAUGGAUUAACUUUAGCUGCAUUUAUACAUUUCUUAUCGCACUGAAGAAUGUGAAACAGAUUUAGUUGAUCAAGAUGUAGAAAAGUGUUUUGGUAUUAUUCCCUUCUUUGAUUGUAAACAACAGUGGUUGCAAAGCCAUACGUCAUAUGGGCAUCUUUCCAUAAACAGCUGAUUUUUGUCUCUCUCUUCUCCACGAUUAACAAUGGCUUCUUUGCAACGUGAACACAGCAUGGAAGUAGACCCACCACCAGGCCCCUCUAACAACCAGCCCCCCACGUCUAGUGGUGGCUCUCUGAAACGGUCAAAUAGCGCGCCUAUGAUCAAUGUUUUGGUCUCUCAACCAGAAAUUAGUCCUCCAACCAGCACGUUCAAGGUGUCAGAAUGCUCGAGGCUGCGCAGAUUCAGUUCCAGUUCUAUGUCUCUGAACCAAUGUGGACCAAGUACUCCCGUAAAAAUCCCAGAUAGAGUUAAUCGAUUGAAAGACGAAGAAAUUCACAUAGUUGAGAAGGAAAAAGAACAUGAAAGAGACGUGAGUUCAGCCAUUAAGAUGUCUAGCUCCUGGCAGGAUUUCUCUCUGGAGGACUCCCAUGAAGCCAUGCAGCCUGACCCUCACAGGCGCCCGCGGUCAUUCAGCGAGUCUCUCCACAUCAAUGUGUUUCCCCAGCCCACCAUGCUUGUGGGCACCCCCUCUCCUACAAGGGUUGGAAACCGAAAACAAUGUUUUUCACCAUCUAUGCAGAUGCCAGUCAAGAGUAACUCCUUUACCCCAAGUCCUAGCCCUAGUCCUACCAGAAAGUCAUUCAUGAGAAGUUUAAGUCCUAUAGCUGUACGACCAAGUCCAGUGGGGAAAAGAAAAUUGGAUACAGACAUGGAAAGUUAUCUCAGUCCUCCCAAGAGAUUUCAUACAGGACCCAGUACCCCGGACCGCAUCAUGGCCCAUCCUCUAGCACACAGCAGUAUAUCUUCGAGUAGUUUAGAGGAUGGAAGUCCGGAACAGCUUGUACCCCGGAGUGGGAAUGUGUCAGAGAUUCCUCACCCCCCACCCCACCACAUGUAUGGCUUCAUGCCCCUCAAAGACAACUCUAACGACAUGCAGACGACAGAUUCAGAGACGUCUGAUAUCACUGAUCACUCAGCUGACAUUUCCGAUCAGAUAUCGAUAUCAGGGAGUCCAAGUUCUGGUUUUCAGCCCAUAAGGCAGACUCACUUAUGACAAAUCGAACAUAAAUAUCACAGUGUACAUAGUCAUGUAUAAAUCACAUCAUGUAAAAGAUUUCCUUGUUCACAAGAAGUUUUUUUUUAUGGGUGGGAUUUUUUAGGGAAAGCUUAUUUCUUGAAAGAAUUGUGGUCUCUUAGUUAUUUUAUGUACAUUCUUUGUAAAUAUCAUUUCUAUAAGUGAUAUGUUGUUUAACAUUUGUUAAAGUAAGGUAUUAGAGACCUAGAAAAACUUUCAGAAAUGGAUAAAGUUCUAUACAUCAUGGGGAAUCUCCAUAUUUUUGUACAUAAUGUAGUCAUUCAUAUGAUAUCAUCUGUAAAUUAGAAUGCAUUGUUUUUCUUAGAAUAUCUGUUAAUCAUAUUGUUUAACACACCCUCUUGAGAUUGCAUUUAUAAUAAAAUGCACAUUCAAGUAAGAAAUGUCAAUAUAAGGCAUUGUAAAAACAUAUUUACUCGUUACAUGUAAAGAAAAUUUUUAAAUUAUAAUUUUUAUUUUAAUUCAAGUGCUUUAUAUGGACAUACAGAGUUUUAGCAGGUGCCCUACAUAAUCAGUGUGUCUGUCUAGCUGUCUGUCUGUCUGUUUCUUCAGGAAGUUUGCUCACAUUUAGCAUUAAGCAUCUGUCAUUUUUAAUUUUACAGUAACAAGUACAAGAUUCAAUAUGUCUCAUAAAUUUCAGACACUGAAUUUUUAUACUGUCGCACACAAGUAGGUUAUAGUUACAAGAUCAGUUCAAGAAAGUUCAAGUUCAGUUCAAGAAAAAUCUUUGUUUUUAGCAUAAAUCACAACUUAUAUUAAUUUUUUUUAAAUUCAGGAAUUGGAGAUGGGUAUGGAAA